AUAUAUACGUCUUGUCGUCUCCAUAACUGCUUUCUCUGUAGUAUCGAGCAUGGCUUUUGAGCUGUGGAAGAAAACAUGAUUCUCGUGUUUAGUUAGUAACCGUAAGAGGAUGGUGAUGUAGUUAGCUUUCAUUGAAGGAUCUUUGUGAGAAGGAAGUUUAUUACUGUGUUUGGUUGACUGUUUUGUUUUCUCGAAACUUCCCCGGAGAUGUCGCUGACGGACCGGCCGUCGUCGUCGUCGGCUCUCAGAGACGUGGAUCCGUUGCUGAAGGAUCUGAAUGAGAAGAAGCAGAAUUUCCGGCGGAACGUGGUGUCGCUGGCGGCGGAGCUCAAGGAUAUGCGCAUCCAACUUCAGACUAAAGAGCAGAGCUUCGCACGGGAAACCCUAACACGCCAGGAAGCGGAGAACAAGGCAAACAAAAUGGAGGAAGAAUUAAACAGGUUGCAUAAGAUCGUGGAGGAGAAAGAUUUGCAGCUUGAAGCUUCAACAUCCACCGUUGAGAAGUAUCUCUCGGAUGUAGAUGAUCUUAAAUCUAAACUUUCGGCUACUCAGGCAUCUGCAGAUGCUAGUGCUGCAGCUGCACAAGCGGUGCAACUUCAGUGUUUGGAACUUAUAAAGGAACAUGAAGAUUGUUUAAAUAGACUGGGAGAGCAAUUAGAUCUGUUACAGAAGGAUCCUCAAGUGAGGGAAAGUUCCCAAAUGCAACUGAAAGAUGAAGUCUCGAGGAUUGAAAAUCAUUUCAGACAAGAGUUGGCCCAGAUGCGAGAUGAAUUCAAGUUCAUGUCCAGUCUUUGGAGCCUAAAAACUCAGGAGUUGGUAUCUCAGUUAGAGAAGUGUCGAAGAGCAGAUCAGCAGAUGAAGCUAAAAACAAAGAUGUUGGAAUCUCAGUUAGAAAAGCACCGAAGGGCAGGCCAGCAGUUGAAGCUAAAAGCUAAGCAGUUGGAAUCUCAGUUGGAAAAGCAUCAGAUAGCUGAACAGCAGUUGAAAAAGAGGGUGUUAGAUUUGGAGUUCUGUCUCCACAAGAUGGGUGGACAACAUGAAGCUCUCAAGGAAAUCAGAGACCAAUUGGCAAGUAAAAAUGGUGGACAGUCGAGCAAUGAGAAGCAGAAUUUCUGGGACAAUUCAGGGUUCAAGAUUGUGGUUUCCAUUUCAAUGGUGGUAUUGGUACUGUUUACAAAGAGGUAGGGGUUUUGUUGGGUUAGUGAAUGGGGGGUGCUAAGGUGUAUAGAGGCAGCCAGAUAAGCUAGCUAGGUUUCAAAGCAACUGAAGUUGAGGUAAUGAAUGAAGUGCCAUUGUAAGUGGAUCCUAUUACUAUUAUUAUUAUUAUUAUUAUUAUUAUUAUUAUUAUUA